UUGAGUACUCGUUAUUGAAUUAAGCUUAUCAUUUGAUUUUGGGGUAAGCAACCGGUCGGUAUCUCUCAUAUUGAAACCAAAAACCAUCGAGUUAGACAAGUGCUCAUCCUUUUUUCUGUGGUGAUUUUGUGUUGGAUAAGUUGAUUACAUAUGAAACUGAAAAAGAUUCGCCUCGCGCCAAUAUCCAUAGUGAGGAUAGCCCCAUAAUUUAAUAUUUUUGUGAGAUUUGAUUCAAUUACGAAACGUUUAAGAAGUUUAAGUGGUCUGUGAAAGUGUUGCGUUUGCACGCGACCGAUUUUUUGUUCGGACAGAGGUUGUUUGUUGUUGUAAUUUCGUAUAUAUUUUUUUAACUCGGUAUUUUCCUGCCGUACGUGUCCUAUUUUGUUUAAUUAAGUUACAAAGUGAUUUUGAGAUAGUUGUACUUGUACACUGUAUGCAGACGAAAUAAUUUAUUCGGACAAAAAGCUGUGUACUAAUCCGAAGGAAGAGACAAUUUGCAAAACGUAUUACACAAUGGAUUAUUCAUAUUUAAAUCAAGCGGCAGCUAGCUUCGAUUCAAGCUGCCUGCAAAGUAGCAUGGAUCCGACAGGAUUAGGAAAUAUGCCAUGCACUUACGGUGAUUUAACGUCAUGCAGUCAAAUGUCCCAAGCGGCAUAUCGUUACACUGCAGCAGCUGCAUCCAUGGCCCGAACGUACAAUCCUGUUGGCACUGGAGUUGGUCCAGGCGGAUCCUCAAUGAGUGGAUUACAUCAUCCUGGUGGACCUGGUUCGCCGUGUUCCGUUAUGGGUCCAAGAAGUCAUCAUCAAGAUGUGCAUCGGGCGUCAAUGUUUUCAUCAUCAAUGAGUAUGCAACCCGGUCUUCCAUACAAAGUGUAUUCUGGUCACGAUUCGGUACUAACAGAAAAACGGAAACAACGUCGUAUUCGCACCACAUUUACAUCAGCACAACUAAAAGAACUUGAGCGAGCGUUUCAGGAAACCCAUUAUCCGGAUAUUUAUACCAGAGAAGAAAUUGCUAUGAAAAUUGAUCUAACUGAAGCUCGUGUACAGGUGUGGUUUCAAAAUAGACGAGCGAAAUUCCGUAAACAAGAACGAUUAGCCCAGCAGAAGGUCUCCAAUAACAAUGCGUCAGACUCUCAAAUCAAAUCCGAAGGAAAAAAUAAUAAUACAGGGAACACAACGCCGAAGGAUAUCAAACCUGGUCCUGGAUCACCCAUAUCAACGGUAUCGACAACACCGAACUCAAGUGCUUCCUCACAUCAUUCGAAUGGAGAUAUUAAACCAUUAAAUGGAAAAUUAUCAGACGAUUUAAGCUCGAAUAACAACAAGUGGACAGGCUCAUGUAAUUCAUUACUGCAAGGAAAGCAAUCAAGUCUAUCCAGUGGAUUGUCAAAUCAUCAUCAUCAUCAUGCUGCUUUAUCGGCGGCCGCACUAUCAUCACCAUUUUCAUCGCUAUUAAGUGCUGGCGGUGGUGCUGGCUAUCUACUAGAUCCGUUACUAAGUAAGCCAACCGCAUCAAAUCAUUUGUUUUAAAUCGACAAAUAAACUCUGUUGGAUUUGUAUUUCGAAAUACGUGAAACACCUUUUACAACAGCCGGGGAUUGUGUUUGUGUGCACAAAAACAGAAGAAACGAAAGAUAGAAAAGAUUGAAAGGAAAAGAAAUAAUUUUAAUAUUUCGUAACAAAACUUAAAUAUUUAUGAUGAUAAAAACGUCCAUGUAAAUUAUUAUGAUUUCAACUUAAUUUAUUUCUGAAAAUAUAAUUUCAUUUUAGUCAUUCGAUAUAUAGGUAGCAAACACGAAGAAAGUUUCUAUUUUUUUCUGACCAGCAUUAUUUAUUGCAUCCGAUUAAAAUAGAACAGAAAAUGAAAUCUGACCAAUGGGAAAUGCGUUUUCUGUUUGUUUUUUUUUUAAGUAAAAUUCGAAAAGUCCGCACAGUUUCAUUGUGACUCUGCACACCCAAAAUGUCCCAUUUUCAUAUAUAUUGUGAGUUGUCUUAUCAUUCCACAGGAACCAUGACUUAUGCUCAUUUCUAACAGAUUCACAAAAGCGUUUCGUGCGACGCUUUCUUUUCAAACAGUUAGUUUGGUCGAAAUGCCUAGUCAUUAUACACUCAGACCACAUCAGGCAUGAGCGCCGCCGAAAAUAAGCCGCCGCCGGCCAUUUUUGAGCAAGCCGCGC